AGCUCAGUCUGAGGAUUUAUAAAGAAGAGAGUCGAGCCUCGGAGGCAUCGAGUGGAGUUUGCUGCCCCAGGUCUGAGCGACUCCAGGCUCCCCGAGGGCAGUGUGCCCUGCAAUAGAGUGCCUGUAAGUACGCGCCCAGGAGCCAUGCAGAAGCCCAGGCAAUGGGCACCCGCUUCUGCCUUGGCCCCAGGGUCCUAGUGGGAGAAGAACAGUCCCAUUUCUCUAAGCCCCACUCCCUCCGCCAUCGCCCUCCAGCCCCCCACAGCAGCUUGUCCUCGUGGGAAACCUUUGCUGAGCCGUGAUGGUGGGGCUGAAACCCUCUGACGUGCCACCCACCCCAGGCGUCAAGUUCCUCGGAGCUGGAGCCGCCGCCUGCAUCGCGGAUCUGGUCACCUUUCCGCUGGACACCGCCAAAGUUCGGCUACAGAUCCAAGGUGAAGCCCAGGCCACCGAAGCUGUCAAGCAUAAAGGAGUCCUGGGGACCAUUCUCACACUGGUGAAAACCAAAGGACCAAGAAGUCUGUACAGUGGGCUGCAUGCUGGGCUGCAGAGGCAGAUGAGCUUUGCCUCCAUUAGAAUCGGCCUCUAUGACACUGCCAAACAGUUCUACAACAAUGGGAGAGAAACAGCUGGAAUAGGGAGCAGGAUCCUGGCAGGGUGCAACGGAGGCUUGGCAGUCAUAGUGGCACAGCCUACAGAUGUAGUAAAAGUCAGACUUCAAGCACAGAGCAGCCUGUCUGGUGCCAAACCCCGAUAUACUGGGACUUUCCAUGCCUACAAAACAAUAGCAUCAGAAGAAGGAACAAGGGGGCUUUGGAAAGGGACAGCACCCAAUGUGACAAGAAAUGCUAUUGUCAAUUCUGCAGAGCUAGUAACCUAUGAUUUAAUAAAGGAGAACCUUUUGAAAUAUAACCUACUGACAGAUAAUUUACCUUGCCACUUCGUGUCAGCCUUCGGUGCUGGAUUUUGCACGACAGUGGUAGCAUCUCUUGUCGAUGUAGUAAAGACCAGAUACAUGAACUCACCACCAGGACAAUACACCAGCGCUCCCAAAUGUGCGUGGACAAUGCUCAUGCGGGAAGGACUGACUGCUUUUUACAAAGGGUUUGUGCCUUCCUUCUUAAGACUGGGAUCCUGGAAUGUCGUUAUGUUCAUAUCCUAUGAACAGCUGAAAAGGGCAAUGAUGAGGUCCAGAAUCAUCUUUAUAAAAGAUAUUGCAGGAAGAUACUGGUGGGACUAUUUAAUAACUAUAUUGACCAAAAGAGUUAUUCAUUUCUUGCCAUAAAAAUUAUCAAAGUGUAUUUAUU